AUGAGUAAACGAGUAAUUGGUGUAUUGUACGAGCAAAAACGAGAAAGAGCGAAACUCCCUCUUGGAGUCUCUCACCCCAGAGAAUCAGAUGUUUAUGUCGGCAACAUAAAUCAAAGUAUCUUAUCUAGCACUUGAUCCUCACGUGCCGAACAUGUAGGUAUACAAUCACCCACCUGCCAGUCUAUAAAUGCGCGCGGAUCGUCAAGUAGGUGUCAAUCACGCUGGGAGACUCGACAUACUGUCGUCUGUAACAUGGAAAUGGAAAUGGCAACGGAGAUCGACAGCGAGCACUCGCAUCCGCAAUGCAUCAAAUUGCCACCGGCCGUCGAGGUGUUUGCCAAUUUGAAAAAUGCGCAAACCUUCGCUAUAGACAUCGGAUUGUCUUUGACGAAAAUUGUAUAUUCAACAGUAAGUUAUCGUAAGGCACUUUAUGAGGAUGCAGAAGGUUUAGGAAAUAGUGGAGAACGAGCAUACAAAGUAUUUGAAGGUAGCAGACUACACUUUGUUAAGUUUGAGACAAGAUAUAUUGAAAAUUGCUUAGACUUUGUCAAGAAGAAUUUAGUAGAUGUCAAACGCUUUCACGGGAAAAGUAUUAAAGUAACUGGAGGUGGAGCAUUUAAAUAUACUCCUUUGCUACAAGAGAAAUUAGGAUUAUUAGUCGACAAGGAGGAUGAGAUAGAUUGUCUGAUAAAGGGCUGUAAUUUCUUACUUAAAAAUAUACCAUGUGAAGCUUUUGAGUUUCAACGUCAUGCGAAUCCAGAGUAUAAAUUUCAAAAAGCUGAACCUAACAUAUUUCCAUAUUUGCUAGUUAAUGUUGGUAGCGGCGUCAGUAUUCUUAAAGUAGAGUCGGAUGAAGUGUUUGAAAGAGUCGGGGGUACAGCUACAGGAGGAGGUACAUUUUGGGGAUUAGGGUCCUUAUUGACAAAAAGAAAGGGCUUUGAUGAAUUGCUGCAACUUGCAGAACGAGGGGAUCACCGUAAUGUAGAUAUGUUAGUGAAUAUUUAUGGAGGCGAUUAUUCCUCCCAAGGUUUACCUGGAGAGCUUAUUGCAUCAGCUUUUGGCAAAGCAGUGGCUUGUGGACAAUCAACAUUUUCUGAAGCUGAUCUCGCAAGAAGUUUAUUGCUCACCAUUAGUAAUGACAUUGGACACAUUGCUAGUUUAUAUGCAACUAUAUAUAAUAUGGACAGAGUUUAUUUUGGUGGUUAUUUUCUUCGUAACCAUCCACUAUCGAUGCAUACCAUUUCAUACUCCAUCAAAUAUUGGUCUCACGGUAAGGUAAAGCCUCUCUCUCGCCAUGAAGGUUACCUUGGUGCGAUUGGAGCAUAUUUGUAUGGUACUGAACAGUCAAACAAAUACAGCUGGUUGGAAAAUUAUGCUGGAUCAUCGGGUUUUAAAGAUUCGGUGCCAACUGAUCUCGGAAUAAAGAUUGAUCAGUUAGAAAUUGAUCAAGCAGAAUAUAUUGUUACAUUUUGUCCAUUAUUGAAGGAUCCUGCAUCUUAUACUCCUGAUACUACAGAUCUCGCUCAGGAUAAGGAGGCAAGACAUUAUUGGCUGCAAUGUUUUGAAGAAUCAGUAGAAUUUGUGUCAAGAGCUAUUCACAGUCAACCACAUAGUCCAACAGCAAAGGAUAGAGGAUCAAAACUUAAGGAGAAGUACAUUAAUAGGUUACAUUAUCUCCAUACACAACCAGUUGCAUAUGGGGCACUUACAGUUAGAAUAUUACUGGAUACUAUUGAGCAUUGCAUGAAAGAGUUUGAUUUUCCAGAUCCAUAUUUACAUCAAAAAAGAAAAGAGAACGAGGAAGCAUUGAGGCAUCUACACGAUCGCAUAACGGCUUUAGAUAAGUUGGAAGGUAUAGAAAAGAUAAGAGCUUUGAUUCUCGGCGUUCUGAGUGAAAUAUUUGAUUGGGUUGCAAAAGAUGUUGCAAAACUAUUGGAAACCGAUGAUUUUGGCUUUGAAGAAGCUCAAGCAAAAAUUCCGGGUAGACCAUGGUUAGAGGAUAAUUUAGAUGAUUGGAUAUAUAGAUUGCAGAAUGGACAGCCUCAUAAAUGCGCAGCAAUUUUUAUAGACAAUAGUGGCGUAGAUAUCAUUCUUGGAAUUUUGCCAUUUGCACGAGAUUUAUUACAACGAGGAACAAAAGUAAUAUUGUGCGCUAAUUCUUUGCCAGCUCUGAAUGAUGUAACAUAUCCCGAAUUGGUUGUAACAUUACGGGAUGCCGCAAAAAUUUGUAAUGUUAUCAAACAGGCUCUAGAAGAUAAUACACUUAUUGCCAUGGAAACUGCGCAAGCAGGUCCUUGUCUAGAUCUCAGUCGCCUUAAUGUGGAUCUAUGCCUUGCGAUGGUGAAGCAUAAUGUGGAUCUUAUAGUUAUCGAGGGCAUGGGUAGAACAUUACAUACAAAUUUUCACGCCAAAAUGAAGUGUGAAUGUCUAAAGUUGGCUGUUAUAAAAAAUCGAUGGUUAGCGCUUCGUUUAGGAGGUGAUAUGUAUGCUGUGAUAUGCAAAUAUGAGCAACCAUCGAAAAAUAAGAUUUAUGAUAGUGGAAUAAAAUCGGAAGCGAUAAAAGACGGUUGUCCAUCAAAAUGUACAGAACAGACAACGGAAAUCUGCAAAUGCGACAAUUCUAACAAUAGAAAUACAAGUAAAGUGUCAAUAUAAAAUAAGUAAUACAAUUAUUUCUAGAUUAGUAAUAAAAUAUAUGACACAUUGCCUUCCUUAAAACAAAAGAGACAAAUUAACGACAAAGUUGUGUGCAAAUGACGCUUAAAAAAAUUAAGUUUACACAAAUGUUAAGAAACAAACAUACAGAUGGAAUAUCGUAAGAUUUGUCAGAUAAUCAUGAUCGUGUAAUAUUAUAUUUGAAUAUAUAAUAAUUUUAUUAAAUCA